AUGGGGUUGCUACUGAAGAAAAAAAAGCAACCUGAAAAGGAGAAGCCAAAUAAAAAUAAAAAUAAAAAUAAUCAUCCGCACAACCACAGAUUCAACCGCAAUUCCAUUUCCAUUUCGAAUUCCAAUUUCAACUCCAAUUCCCGUUCCAGCUCAAGACGAGCUUCAGAAGAUCGAAUUCGUGGAUCAAGAUAUAGUGGGUUGUACAAUCGAUCCUCUUUGAGCAUUUCAGAAGACCAGUCAAUCCAAUCAGGCCCGUCGAUUUUAAACAUGGCUACUUUAAAUGGAGCUGUACCAUACUCAGAUCAACAUCAUUCUAAUGGAACAAAUCCACAGCAAACUUCCCCGCGCAGCAAGCAACAUAAUGGAGCUGACAAUUCUAUUGCUGUAAACUCGGCACUAGCCAAGAAUAGAGCAACUACAGAUGGGUCACGCGUACCUGCUACGGUUUCAGCUAUAGCACCAAGUACACCCAAUAUAACAGCUGGCCAGGUACCCGAGCCCAAUGGAGAUAUUCAAGCAUUUACAGGUAUAAAUGAUAGCAUGUAUUCGACACAGCCGAUAAACCAGGAUCCGGCAAUUGCAGUGACGUUAAUGAGGGAACACACUAAUGGAUCCAAUCCGGCAUCAUUUGGUAUUGGACGUACUUCAACUUUGAAUCAGCAACUGCAACUAGUACAGCCCCCAGGAGGAAUUCUUGCAGCACAAGGACAAGGACAAGGACAAGGACAAGGACAAGUGCCAUUGCAACUGCAAUCGUCACACACAUCCGCAAGUCGCACAGGACAUAGUACGGCGUCUUCUUUCCAUGACUCACCAACAACUGAACAGCCGUCUACGAAAUCAGAGUCAGGUGGGAUUAUAUCCUCUUUUUUAGCUGCUGCCGCAAACAAGAUGAUGACUCCAGUUGGAGAAGAAAGCAAGGACAAAGAUAAAGACAAGAAGAAGGAGCACCUGCUAACCGCCAAAUUAGACAAUUUUAUAAAAUCAGUUCGUCAUGAUGACCAAAGUAGGUCUUCUGUUGGUGACUUGUCAGAUAAUCCACAAACAGCCAAUGAAGGUACAGCCGAAGGCACAGAGGCAGGUCAACAACAACAACAACAACAACAACAGCAGAACUUAGCUGUUGGUUCCAACGAUUUACUUUCAGAGAACUCUGCACAUAAUGUACAAUUUGAACCAGUUAGAGAGUCUCCGUUGAACACAUUGGGCUCGGGAGAAUUGUCGCUCGCUGAUUUUGAGCAGCAAAAUGCGCAGGCAGCACAAAUGCAAGCAGCACAGAUGCCAAUACAAGGCCAGUUGCCUUCUCGACAAGCAUCACUACGUUCGGGAGAUACUCGUGGCUUAAGUAUAAAGAGAAAUUUUAGUCCCGAUGUUAUAAACAAAAAUCUACCACACGGCAAUCAAUUACAGGCUGUUUCCAAUGGGGCUGAUAUUAAAAGAGUUCACCGACGCUCAUUAAACGGUUCAACACUGGUUGAACGACUGGUUGAUAGGAAUGCGUCUGUUGGUAAAAAUUCACAAUUUUCAACAGCUACAACCACAACUACAGCCAAUGGGAACCAUGAUGAUCUGAGACUUCAAGAAACAAAACUGAAGACUGAUGAAACAAUCAGGUCAAAUUCAGAUUCCGAACCUGAUGAUUUGGAUCACAUCAUCGAUUACACCAAAAAGAUCACUCAUGCAUCGAGAAAAAGUAAUAAGGAGUUUCACGAAGCAUUCAAAAAAGUUCCCAAAAAAGAGAAACUCAUUCAAGAUUUUAGUUGUGCAUUAUCGAAGGAUAUAUUGGUCCAGGGUAAGAUGUACCUAAGUGAUCACUACAUAUGCUUUAGUUCCAACAUCUUGGGAUUUAUCACUCAUUUGAUGAUACCACUACAAGAGGUGAUUCAGAUUGAAAAGAAAUCUACCGCGGUGCUUUUUCCCAAUGGUAUGAUUAUUAGAACUUUACAUCAAAAGUAUGUGUUUGCGACAUUUAUGAGUCGAGACGCUGCAUUUGAGUUAAUAACCAAUGUAUGGCAUCGUGUUCUACUAAAAAAUUCCGAUAUUGAUCCAAGCAAAUUAAGCAGAGCAGCUAGACUUCGUUCCGCUACCAAAAGUUCAUUGGGCUCUCAAGAUAGUGGGGAGUUGACGGAUAGCGGUGAGAGCUCUGAUGAUGAAUAUUCUGGCGGAUCCGAUGAAGACGAUGACAAUUCGCUGGUGAAUGGUGGUUCAGAAGAUAAAGGUAAUCGUAAUGGUAAUAACGAUGAUCAUGAUGGUGAUAAUGAUGAUGAUGAUGAUGAUGAUGACGAGGAAGAAAAAGGUGAUGGUCGUGGUGAUGGUGAUGAUGGCGAUAAAGAUAAUGGUGAUGGCGACAAAAAUGGCGGCGGUGGUGAAAAAUGGAAAGGUUUUGCCAUAGUUGGGCCUGCCACACACGAGCCAACAGAGACUGGAUAUUCCAAAGAGUCAAAUGAAACAUUUAUUGCUGAGGAUGUCAUUAAAGCUCCUCCAGGAGUGGUUUUUAAUAUCCUUUUUGGUCCUGACGUUUCGUAUUUUGUGAGAACCUUGAAGGACCAGAAAAAUUUUGAUAUUGAUGAGUCUGCAAUGCACGGUUUAAGCAAGAGCGAAAAAAACAGACAUUAUACAUAUAUAAAACCACUUAGUGGACCCAUUGGUCCUAAACAGACCAAGUGUAUUAUUGAUGACACGGUUAUUGAGUUUAAUCCUGAGAAAUAUUAUGAAGUUGAGCAAGCAACACAAACGCCAGACGUUCCAAGUGGUAAUUCGUUCAAAAUCAAAACCAAAAUUUUUCUUAGCUGGGCUGAGAAGAAUCUGACCAAGAUUUAUGUUGUUACUUCGAUCGAAUGGAGUGGUAAGUCAUGGAUCAAAGGUGCGAUUGAAAAGGGAACUAUUGAUGGUCAAAAGGAUAGUAUGAAGGAAAUGAUUGAGACUAUCAAUUCUAUUCUUGCAGAGGGUGCAAAUAAGAAAGGAGGAUCAAGUAAGCGAAGAUCCACAAAGAGUAAAAGGCAGAGUGGAGAUGGCGAAAAGCUGGAGGGUGGAAAACAAUCACUGCAGCCUUCUUCUUCCUCUUCUUCUUCACCGCAACAACCACAGGGUGUAUUAGAUCAACUAAUGGGUUUAAUAAACUCCAUAGGUGAUAUGGUUCCCAUUCCAAUGUUGAGCAGUACGAUAGUGGGCUCGAUCAUUUUGGUUGUCGCUUUCUUUAUAUCAAUGAUGUUUUUCAACAAAGUUGGUAGUGCGCUUUUCGGUUCUGGUUCGAAUAAACCAGUGAUUGAAAUUAUACCGUCAAAUGCAUAUACCUCACGGAUAAAGCUCAACAAUGACGAUUAUCUCAUUAUCCCUACUGUGAAUACUAAUUUUGCCAACGAGCGAAAGAUCAGAGAAGAGGAGGUUAAUAUCUGGAAUUGGCUUGAGAGUCGGAGUGGUGGCGAAUUUGGGAAACAUUAUAAGCUUAGAGGUCAAGCGAGCGAAGACGAGAGCAAUGAUUCUGCUAGUAACCAAUUGUUUGAUAGGAAUCUCGACAAGAUAUCAGAUAAAGAAUUGAGAGAAAAAUACAGCGGACAAGAAUUGAAGGAGUUACUAAAAGUUACCCAAUUGGAAUUGGAGAAAUUACUGAAAAGAAUUAACCAGUUGGAAGAAUAG